AUGCGUUAUGGGCCCAAUCGACUGAUAUUCAACAGCGCCGCUGCGCUUCGUGACAUCUAUCAAAACCCCAAGGUCACCAAAUCCCGUCUCUACUUGUUCUCUCUCAACGAUGGUGUCCCUUUCAUCUUCAACUCGCUUGACAGAAUUGUGCACCUCCGAAAGCGCAAGAUCAUCGGUCCAGCGCUAUCAGAACGAUCCAUGCGACUCUUUGAACCCACACUGGCCGAGCAAAUGGACAUAUUUCUGAAGCAGCUCCUUGCUGCUCAUUCGAGUCCAAUAAAUCUCACAGAGCGCUGUAGACGACUCGCUAUGGAUGUGGUUGGCCAUUUGGCCUUCGGUUUCCCACUUGACUUGCAGACCAAAGAUGAACACUAUUAUGUGUUAAGUGGGUUUUCCAUUGCAAAUUUCCGCAUCAAUUCAUACAUGAACUUUCCGUUUUUGUCAAAGCUUGGCCUGGAUCAUCUGUUCAAUAGAAGCCCGUUCCGGCGAAAACUGCGCAGUGUAGUCCAGAAAAUGAUCACAACACGCCUUGCACAGGAUAGGAAAGAAACUCCCGACUUUUAUUCUAUCGUCAUGGACAACCUGGAGACCAAAUCCGUCAACUUUCAGCGAAGUGAGCUUUUCACAGAGAGUCUCUUUUUCAUCUCAGCCGGUGGCGACACUGUAUCGACCGCUAUGGCGUCUCUAUUCUUCUAUUUGUCAAGGAACAAGCACUGUUAUAAUAAACUUUCGAACGAAAUUCGCACCACCUUCAAGUCGGGCAACGAGAUUCGUAGUGGUCCGCAACUUGCAAGAUGCGGUUACUUGCGUGCGUGUAUCGAUGAGACUUUGCGGAUGUCCCCUCCUAUCGGUGGCACAUUGUGGCGUGAGCAAUCAAAUCAAGAGGACGGAGAACCCUUCGUGGUCGACGGCCAUGUUAUCCCACGAGGCACCCACGUUGGUGUCAAUAUAUUCUCAAUCCACCACAACGAGUAA